UCCACUGAAAACAGACUCUUAUUUUUCUUACACAUGCUUUGAAGCUUUGCUGUCACAGCUAACAUCACUACUGUGAGGUGUUUGUCAUUUUAUUAUAGAAAGUCUGAUGCAUCAGUAUUUUUAGUGAGCUGAAAUGAAGACAGUGAUUGUGGGAGUGGGCGGGAUGACCAAUGGAGGAAAAUCCACACUUGCUAAGAGUCUACACCAGCAGAUACCCAACAGCUGCAUCAUUGCUCAGGAUUCUUAUUUUAAGGAUGACUCUGUGGUGCCUGUUGACAGCAAUGGAUAUAAACAGUAUGACAUGCUCGAUGCUCUCCACAUGGAUCAGAUGAUGAGUGACGUAAACUCAUGGCGAAGAGAUCCUGAGUGGUUCUUGAGGGAACGCGGCCUGAACCCUCAGCAAACAUCAUCAUCAUUUGAUGAAGAAGUGUAUGUGCUGAUAGUGGAAGGGUUCCUGAUAUUCAACUACAGGCCGUUAAAUGAGUUAUUUGACAAGAGCUACUUCAUUCAAAUUCCGUAUGAUAUCUGCAAAAAGAGACGAAGUUUGAGGGUGUACUCACCUCCUGAUCCUCCGGGUUAUUUUGACGGACAUGUGUGGCCCAUGUAUCUAAAAAACCUCCGAGACAUGGAGAACAUGGUAUCUGGAAUCGUGUUUCUAGAUGGACUGCAGUCAAAGGAGGAGCUUUUGGAUAUUGUGUAUAAGGAUGUUAGUAAAGAAAUUCAACAGCUUAGAGAGAAAGACUGAAAUGGAAUGAAACGUCUCUGUAUUGUUUGGACAAAUGUAGCACUGAAAGGACCAAGUUUGCGUGGGUAAAAUGUUUUGUGGAAUUAUGUUAAUGAUGUAUAUUUUAAAUAAGAUUAAAAACUAUAGCUGAGAAUUAACUAAUGUCUCAGUAGUAGAAAUUCCCCACCUGGAGAAUGGACACAUGCUACCAGAAUCACUGUGAACUAAUGUAAUUUAAAUGUAUUAUAACUCAGUGUGGGUGAUAUGAAGUGCAGUAAAUGAAUGUAAUGUCUCACAGUGCUAAUGCUUCAUUUACGUUUUACAAUGUAUUUUAAGCUGCUAAUUCUGUAUAACCAUAUCCAUAAGAUGCACAGAAAUGCUAACAUUAUAUUCAUGUUCUGUUACAUAUAUUAAGUCAUAAUAAAUGAAUGAUUCAGUGU